AGAAUGUCAUAUUUCAACAUUUGUACCUGAAAUCAGAGUGAAUUGUCAGGCCACAUGGAUGAGUGCCAACCUCUGCAUUUCUGGUGUGUAUCCUGUGACCAUUCUAUCUGGGAACAUCCUUCAGAGAGUUCACGCAUCUUACCGAGGACACCUGACCUUUUGAAGCUUCAUAAUUCACACCUAGAUGCCACCAGUCUUUCCCAUGUUAACAGUUUUGACUAUGUUUUAUUAUAUGUGCCUUCGGCGCCGAGCCAGGACAGCUACAAGAGGAGAAAUGAUGAACAGCCAUAGAACUAUAGAAGCAAACAGCCGGACUUCCCCUCUCAAUGCAGAGCUGGUCCAGUAUGCCAAAGAAGUAGUGGAUUUCAGCUCCCAUUAUGGGAGUGAGAAUAGCAUGUCCUAUACCAUGUGGAACUUAGCAGGUGUACCAAACGUAUUCCCGAGUUCUGGUGACUUCACUCAGACAGCUGUGUUUCGAACGUAUGGUACAUGGUGGGAUCAGUGUCCCAGUGCUCCUGUGCCAUUUAAGAGGACGCCGCCUAAUUUCCAGAGCCAAGACUAUGUGGAACUUGCUUUUGAACAACAGGUGUAUCCUACAGCCGUGCACGUUCUGGAAACCUAUCAUCCUGGAGCAGUCAUUAGAAUUCUAGCUUGUUCUGCAAAUCCCUAUUCCCCAAGUCCACCAGCUGAAGUCAGAUGGGAGAUUCUUUGGUCAGAGAAACCUACGAAGGUGAAUGCUUCCCAGGCUCGCCAGUUUAAACCUUGUAUUAAGCAGAUAAAUUUUCCCACAAAUCUUAUACGGCUGGAAGUAAAUAGUUCUCUUCUGGAUUAUUACACUGAAUUAGAUGCAGUUGUAUUACAUGGUACAAAGGACAAGCCAGUGCUUUCUCUCAAGACUUCACUUAUUGACAUGAAUGAUCUAGAAGAUGACUAUGAAGAAAAGAAUGGAUGUGGAAUGGACAAUCUGAACAAAAAGUUUAGCAGUAUUGCCCUCAGGGAAGGGACAAGUAAUGGAUAUUUUGAUAAACUACCUUAUGAGCUCAUUCAACUGAUUCUGAAUCAUCUGACACUACCAGACCUGUGUAGAUUAGCACAGACUUGCAAACUACUGAACCAGCAUUGCUGUGAUCCUCUGCAGUACAUUCACCUCAAUCUGCAACCAUACUGGGCAAAACUAAAUGACACCUCUCUGGAAUUUCUGCAGCCUCGCUGUACUCUCGUCCAGUGGCUUAAUUUAUCUUGGACUGGCAAUAGGGGCUUCAUCUCUGUUUCAGGAUUUAGCAGGUUUCUGAAGGUCUGUGGAUCUGAAUUAGUGCGUCUUGAAUUAUCUUGCAGCCACUUCCUUAAUGAAACUUGCUUGGAGAUUAUUUCUGAGAUGUGUCCAAAUCUACAGGACUUAAAUCUCUCAUCCUGUGAUAAACUACCACCUCAAGCUUUCAACCACAUUGCCAAAUUAUGUGGCCUUAAACGACUCGUUCUCUAUCGAACAAAAGUAGAGCAAACAGCCCUGCUCAGCGUUUUGAACUUCUGUUCAGAGCUUCAGCACCUCAGUUUAGGUAGUUGUGUCAUGAUUGAAGACUAUGACGUGAUAGCUAGCAUGAUAGGAGCCAAGUGUAAACAACUCCGGACUCUGGAUCUGUGGCGAUGUAAGAACAUUACUGAGAACGGGAUAGCAGAGCUGGCUUCUGGGUGUCCGCUUCUGGAGGAACUUGACCUCGGCUGGUGUCCUACUCUGCAGAGCAGCACCGGCUGCUUUGCCAAACUGGCACGCCAGCUUCCAAACUUGCAGAAACUCUUUCUAACAGCUAACAGGUCUGUGUGUGACACAGACAUUGAAGAACUAGCAUGUAAUUGUACCAGAUUACGCCAGCUGGACAUAUUAGGAACAAGAAUGGUAAGUCCAGCAUCCUUAAGAAAACUCCUGGAAUCUUGUAAAGAUCUUUCCUUACUUGAUGUGUCCUUCUGUUCACAGAUUGAUAAUAGAGCUGUGCUAGAACUCAAUGUGAGCUUUCCAAAAGUGUUUAUAAAGAAGAGCUUUACUCAGUGACUUCAUAUAUGUCUUACAAUAAAAUUAAUGUGCUUUUUGUAGGGUUUUGUUUUGGGGUUGGUUUUGUUUAGUUUUUAUAAUGGUGGGAAUAUCUUAAGACAUUUGUGGAUUUUAAAGAAAAAUAUGGAACUGUCCAUUAAAUCAUUAAAUCAGUGAUGUAAACAAAUGUUUUCAUAGAAUAUUGUAAGCACUUUCUUUUAAGAAUAUAUGAGUGGCUCAUAUUAUUUUUGUCUUAUGUUAAUCAGUGAUAUUAUGCUUUAGUCAAUAACUACAUGUUUAA